UUUUCAGGUGGCUGUAACGGAUCUAAUUGAAGCGUGUAAGGACAGCGAUGUAUUAGUUUUCGUAGUGCCACAUCAGUUUCUUUCGGGCGUUUGUAAGCAGUUGAAUGGUCAUCUGAAGGACGGUGCGUUGGCAGUAUCACUCAUCAAGGUCGCAUGA